CAAAAAAUACAAAAACCAAAACAGAGUUUGAUUAUAAAAUAUUCUCAGAUCUGUUCUGUUCGAUUCAAACUAUGGCUUCUACUCUGGUUUUGUGUUGUCCGUGUUCUUGUUCAGUAAGAACAAGAACACGAGCUGCAAUCUCUGUCCCUCGGUUACCACAGAGAAUCAUGACCUCCAAGCCUCGGAAUCUGACAAAGGAAUUCACACUUAUGGGGUCCGAAGGGAUUACAAAAUCCAUUCCAUUGGUUGAAACCCGACCAGACAACAAUGGCGAUGGCGGGAAACCGGGGAGAGCCUCUGAUUCUGUCCAAAGGUCGCGCCUUUACGCGGUGCUGGAGGAAGUUAUAGACAGGAUAGAGAUGCACAGAAACAUCGGAGAGCAACGCAACAACUGGAACUCCCUCAUGCUCGGUUCCAUCAACACCAUCACUCUGACAGGCGCUUUAAUGGCGGGAAUGGCGUCCGGCGGAGGAGGAGAUUCUGUCAUGGCCAUGAAAAUGGCUUCGACGGUUUUGUUGGCCUCGGCUACGAGUAUGGUCGCCAUGAUGAACAAGAUUCAGCCAUCUCAGCUGGUGGAAGAACAGCGUAACGCCACGAGGCUUUUCACUCAGCUCAGAUUCAGAAUCGAGAGCGUUCUGAUGAGAGAAGAGACAGAAGUUGGAGAAGAUGAAGUGAAGGAAGCGAUGGAGAGAGUGCUGUGUAUAGACAGAGCUUACCCUCUUCCCCUCCUCGGAGCAAUGCUCGAGAAAUUCCCGAAAGAGUUCAAACCCUCCAUCUGGUGGCCUCAAAACAAUCGAAAAAAGGCCCAAACCCGCUCUGUAAAUCGAUCAAAGAUAGAAAAUGGAUGGAGUAAAGAGCUGGAGAUGGAGAUGGAAGAGGUGAUGGAGGUGGUGAAGAGGAGAGAUUCGGAGGAAUACAAGAACCUUGGUGACAAAGCGUUGAGGCUAAACCGGGUCUUGGCCAUGUCCGGACCGGUUUUGACCGGAGUUUCCGCCAUAGCCUCAGCUUUUAUCGGUCACGGUUCGUGUUGGGCAGGAGUUGCAGCCACGACGUUAGCUGCGUUAGGAUCGGCGGUGAACGCGUUAGAGCAUGGUGGCCAAGUGGGGAUGGUGUUUGAGAUGUACAGAAACAGUGCCGGAUUCUUUUCUGAGCUGGAAGAUUCGAUCAGAUCCACCAUCGGAGAAUCUGAAACGGGGAAGAGAGAGAACGGCGAAGUGUUCGAGACGAAGAUCGCGUUGAAGCUCGGGAGGAGCUUGUCUGAGCUGAGAGAUCUCGCGAGAAAAUCGGGUUCCUCUCGUGUUGAAGGAUCCGCCAUUGAUGAGUUCGCGAGCAAGCUUUUCUAGUUACGAUACAGUUGCCACGGUAGGACAUUGAUUCAUUCAUUCUUUGAUUUGUUUGUACCAUCAAAUUUAUAACAUUGGUUGUAUUAUAUGAAUAAUCAAAUUUCUAAUUCGAUCAGAU